GUGCGCUACCACCACGUCAGCGAUGCACAGGCUGCUAUCGCGACCCUUGAUGGCACCACGCUUCUAGGUGCGCAGAUCAACGUCAUCGCUGACGCAAGGUCGCAGGAUGGUACCAAGCUGCUGAUUUCCAACCUGCCUGCGGGGGUGGAGUGGCAAGA